AUGCUUCGCCGUUUUGCUACCAACGCAGCCAGUUCUCUUCGUUCAAAAGACGCGUCUUUUAAUGCCUUUGUUUCUUUUGAAGAUUCACCAGACUUGUUCAAGCCAAACGAAGGUCCAUUAAAUGGUUUCUCAGUUGGGAUAAAAGACAAUAUCUGCACAUCAGCCCUGCCAACCACAUGUGGGUCAGCAAUACUUCAAGAUUUUAGGUCUCCUUUUGAUGCGACCGUUGUGAAGCUACUCAAGGAAGCUGGAGCUCGCAUUGCUGGGAAGACUAACUGCGAUGAGUUUGGCAUGGGCUCUUUGAACAUACACUCUAUUCAUGGCCCCGUUAUAAAUCCCUUCGACGUUGAUUCGCGACGAGCAGCGGGAGGCUCUUCGGGAGGAAGUGCCGCCGCCGUAGCUGCCGUACUUUGUGACGCUGCGCUUGGUACUGAUACAGGCGGUUCUAUCCGUCUUCCAGCCUCAUACUGUGGUGUUGUAGGGCUCAAGCCGUCGUACGGUCUUCUUAGCAGGCAUGGCGUCGUAUCUUAUGCUGACAGCUUGGAUACCGUUGGCGUGCUAGCCCGAAAUGUACAAAAGGUCAAGAAGGUUUUUGGGAGCAUCAACAAGCGUGAUUUUAACGACCCAACCAGCGUGAGUGAACGGCUGAGGGAAAAGGCAAGAUUGAUCGCUAUGGAGCGUAUACAGCGCUGGGAUGCAGAGAGCUUGGAAGGAUUGAGAGUUGGUGUACCUCAGGAAUACUUCCCUUCCGAGCUCAAUUCAGCAUCCAGUCAUAUCCUAUCCGCUAUCCGCCACUUACUAGCUCAGCUUCGUUCGCUCGGGGCGUCCAUCGUUCCUGUGUCACUUCCUUCUACCAAAUACGCUCUGAGCGCGUACUAUGUCAUUGCUAGUGCCGAAGGGAGCAGCUGUCUAAGCCGCUACGAUGGGAUCCGGUAUGGCCUGCGUGUCCCGCCUUCGCCUGGGUCUGACCUAACCUCGACGUCCAAGACAUACGCUCACUCGCGAUCUCAAGGCUUCGGCAGUGAGGUUAAGAAGAGGAUCCUGCUUGGGACGUAUGCCUUGGGUGCUGACGCCUUCGACAACUACUUCCUUCAAGCCCAACGCGUCAGGCAAAUGGUCAGGAAUGAUUUCGAUCACGCUUUCUCCAUCCCAAAUGUCCUAUACACCGAAAACUCAUCCAAAGAGGACCUGGCAGAACCUGGAGUAAACGGCGUUGACGUUCUUAUACACCCUUCCGCAAUUCGUACUGCGCCUCGUUUGGACGAUGUCCUGGAUACCUCACGCGAGCGGGAUACACUUCAGGAUUACGUCCAAGAUGUCCUGACUGUGCCCGCGAGCUUGUCGGGGCUGCCAGCGUUGAGCGUCCCCAUGCAAAACCGUUCGAAGUCUGUAGCAUUUUCUCUACCGACAUAUACUGACGGAGGAUUUCUACAAGAAGCAAGAACAGAUGAGGAUGGAGAUGCUGGCUGGCCUAUAGGUGUAUCCAUCGUUGGUCAAUGGGGAACAGAUGAGCUGGUUCUGAGGGUGGGUCAAGUUAUCGAGAGGUUGAGCCGAGGUUGA